AUGCAGCAGUUGCUUUCCACGUACCGCAGCGCAGUAAGCCCGCAGACGGAGGCAGCAUCAGACACGGCCGCAGCCACGGCGGCCGACUACGACGACAACGCAAGCGAACGUCAAUGGAGCACCGGUGAAGUUCGUACUGCCGGCGAUGAGGCCGAGUGCGGCCGCCCGGCCGUGGUGGUCGGCACGCUGGUCGUCUUGCUCGCCCUGCUAAUGGCCAGUGUGCUCGUGCUGACGAGAAUGAGCAGCGAGUGGGGGAGCCAUCGCCGCUCCCCCGAGACCACGGACACCACGGAGUCGGCGCACUAUGUCUUCCCGAAGGCCCGUCGCCACGGCGAGCGCCACGCCACCUGCCGUACCGAGGCGUGCGCGGUGGCCGCCGACAACGUCAGCCUGGACACGACGGCCAACCCGUGCAGCGAUCUGUACGGCCACGUCUGCAACAACUGGAUCAGGGGAGGAGCCGGCCGAGCGGAGGCUUUGGACGCACGGAGCUACCGACGCACAGUGGACCACGCGCAUCAGGCCGCACUGUCUCGCGCCCUGCACAAGAUCUUGGCACGCAGAACAGGAAGCCGGUCGCUACCAGCGGCGCUGAAGCGUCUCUACCGCAAAUGUCUCAAGCCACGACCCGAAGACGGAGUCCAGUUCCGCUCUAAGCUGCUCGACAGCGCUGGUGUCGCCCCAUGGCCACAGCCCCGUCGAGAUACGGCGAACGCCGAGGACGUGUCCAAGGUUCUGGGCAACGCGUACUACUUCACGAACGAGCCGGUGCUCCUGAGCAUGGGAGUGGGUGCCGACGGCCUCGUGUUUCUUGCCGAGCCCCGGCUGCUCAUGGACGGCCCCGCGGCGACACCGGGCGACGUGGCACAGGCGUCGGCCGCGGCUUUCGUGUCGGCGGGAGGACAGCUGCCGCCGCCAGUCGACGUGAACCGAGUAGAAAAGCUGUUGGACUCGGCCCGAAGGGGUGACGACACUCCACCUUGGAACAUAACGAUGCGCCUGGCCGAGGCGGAACCGGACGGCGGCCGCCAGCGUAGCGCCAAGACACCGCCGCAGAGCGCCUGGGCCUCUUGGAACCUGCGCACGGUGAUCGAGGAGGCGUUCGAGCCUCGCGAGGCCAUCAGCGAAGUCGUUGUCCGGGCUCCGAACUACGUCGAGGCGCUGCCGGACUUGCUCAAGCAAGUGAAGGAGCACGAGCUACUCAAUUACCUGGGCCUGCGCACAUCUCUGCUGGCGUCCCGCCUGCUCCCAGCCAGCCCUGAGAAGCAGCUGCUUUGUCGGCUCACUGAUGUCGAUGACGUUGCGCCGGCCCGCACCGCCGCCGAGCACUGCGUCCGGAUGAUAGCGAAGUACGAGCCGGCGCUGGCGCUCUACGCUCUGGCUACACGGUCGUCGCUGGUGACCGGCCUGGAUGCCGAGACCAUGCUGGUAUUCUUGCACAGCCAGCUGUCCAGCCUGUUGCGCGUAGGAGCCCUGGAUAUCGGCAACGAUGCCCUCUCGGCCAAACUGGCAGACCAGGCGGACGCCCUGCCCUGGGUGGGGCCUGCCCCAGAUUGGCUCAACAAUGCCACCACGCUCCAGGCAUACAUCGCCAGGCGAGUGACGCCCAAUGGAAGCGCGUUUCCCGAGCCCGGGCAACCUAUACAGACACAGAGCGAAUUUUUCUAG